AUGCUUUGCGCAAUCUCCGGCGAAGCUCCCCGCGAGCCCGUGGCCUCGCGCAAGUCCGGAAACGUCUUUGAGAAGCGUCUCAUCGAGGCGCAUAUCGCAGAACACCACACCGACCCCGUUACGGGCGAGGACCUCGCGCCCGAGGACCUGAUCGAGCUCAAGUCGCCCAAUGUCGUUACUCCACGCGCGCCCAACUUGACCUCGAUACCCGCCAUGCUCAGUGCUUUCCAGAACGAAUGGGAUGCCUUGGUGUUGGAGACACACACGCUCAAGCAGCACUUGGCGCAAACGAGGCAGGAGCUGAGUACUGCGCUGUACCAGAACGACGCCGCGACACGAGUGAUUGCACGGAUAACGAAAGAGCGGGACGAGGCGCGGGAGGCCUUAUCCAAUGUCACCAUCAGUGGGGGCGGCCAGGGCGAUGCUAUGCAGGUCGAUGGUCAGGGUCUGCCCCAGGACCUGGUCAAGGUUGUCGACGACACACAGCAAGAGUUGUUUGGUUCGCGCCGAAAACGAGCUGUACCCGCCGGCUGGGCUACGGGCGAGGUCAUUUCCAACUACGACUUGGUCAAGACGACCGAGGCCAUGUACCCAGGCAGCAGCAGCAUUGCUGUGCAAGAAGACGGAUUGGUCUUGUUUGGUGGAUCUGACGGCACUGCUGGCAUCUAUGCGCUGGCCGAGGGCAAGGUGACACAGACCUUCAACGUCGGUAGCGCAGUCACAGCAGCAGCAUGGUGUGGAGGUCGCGCAGUGGUGGGAACAUCAACGGGCGUCGCCAAGAUCUUCGAAGACGGCAAUGAGGUUGGCCAAGUAGCAUCGCAUGCCGGGGCUGUUACGUCCAUGUCGGUCCACCCCAGCGGCAAGAUGCUAGCAACUGCAGGUGCCGACAAGCACUAUGCCGUCCACGAACUGGCGACAUUCAAGACGGUAUCUCAAGUGUACGUCGAAGCCGAAAUCACCAGCGUCGCCUUCCAUGUCGACGGCAUGCUAUUCUUCGUCGCCAGCUCCGAUGGCAACAUGCGCAUCUACGACAUCAAAACCGGAACAGCCAUGGCCCAGCUAGAAACUGGCGCGCCGAUUGUUGAUGUCAAGUUUGCAGAAAACGGUACCUGGUUCGCCGUUGUGCAAAAGGGCUCGACCAGCGUGUCUGUGUGGGACAUCCGGAAGCAGGCCGUCCUGUACACACUCGAGUCUGGCAGCCCAGUCACGUGCUGCGAAUGGGACUACAGUGGCAUGUACCUGGCGAUUGGCGGUACUGGCAGCGUAUCGGUGCAGCAGUUCACAAAGGCAACCAAGAGCUGGGCCGAACUUGUGAGAAAGGCGUUACCGGCCCAGGACGUUGCGUGGAGCGGAAAAGCCGAGAGCGUAGUUGCUCUGACACCAGAGGGUGGGCUGGCGGUGUUGGCAGCCCCUUAGAGUCGGACCUAAUACUCGUUGAACCCCCGUAAUAUUACUACAACCUCAUGAAAAAAAGGGAAGACGCGGCUUGGGAAGGACUUUGUGGUUUGCGCGAUACAGCGCAGACGAUGGAUAGAGGCUGGAAAUGGCAGCAACUGGCCAAGGCCGGUUUUUUUUUGGUUCGACUACUGCAGAGCGAAUGGACUUGAGAUGGUGUCGAAGCACCAAGGGAGAGGGCCAGCCGACGAGGGGCCAUAUUCUUGAUUUUGAGAAAAGCAUGGUGCGGCGCAAAUUGGGUUGUAGCAAUAUUAGUGCAGACGCCGGAGUAUCAAUUGAGAAGUCAUGUUGG